AUGGCGAUGAGUCAUGAAACUCAACUCAAAAGAUUCCCAAUUGUAGAACAGCAGCCAAAAAUCCGUAAAGAAUACCAAAUUGAUGCAAAAAGUGUAUAUGAGCGAUUAGUUUUGCAAGUGGUUAAUCAUAGAAAAGACUCUAUGAAGAAAAAGAUUUUUGAAAUUUUAAAAGGCAAUAAAAUGAAAAAAGGAAUUGGAAAAAUUGAAAUUUUGAAAGAAAAUCGGCUGAUUAUUAACACAAAAAUCCAAUAUCAAACGAUAAGUGAAAAACUCAGAAAUUUGCAGAUGACGAUGACAAGCACUAAAAAUUCGACUUGCUGUAGUGAGCCAUUAUCAAGCCAGCGAUCACUAGUCAGUAUAAAAGAUCCUUCAGUUUUCCUAACUUCUACCAUUUAAUUUGGAACAAAUAUAGGUAAAAUUUCCAUUUUUUAGGUUAUUUAAGCACCCUUUAUAGCUCUGGCUAUAAAAUUGGAACAAAAUGUUGCUUUCAAUAAAAUUUAUACAAAUUAGUUUUGACCUAAUUUAAUGCAAAAAAUGAAAAUAGAAUGCUUUUUAAACAGUUGUCUCAUUGAAUCGAUUUAGUUUUUUAAUUAAUUCUUAAUAUAAAUAAAUUAAAGUUCAAUUUAUAUUUUUUAAUUUUGAUAUUUUUAUUAUAGAAAAAUUAAUAUAAUUUAUUUUAAACAAAAAUUAGCUCCUCCCUUUGAUAGGAUACAAAUUUAUAGUUCCAAUUUAAGGAGGGAAAUAAGAAAUAAGCUGUUUUCUAAAGUUUUUAGCGAGAUGGUCUCAAAAUACCAAAAAAAUGCAGCAAAAGAGUCGUUCUUACUGCUUAAAAAUUCAAAGAAACAGAAAAACUCAUAUGUGCACAGGUCAAUUGCAUUUGUUUAUUUAAGAUGUAAGCAAAAUGCCCAAAAAACAUUAAGAAAUUACUUUGGCAGGUGGCUUUCAAUGAAAAAACUUGAAUGCAGCUCAAUAGAAAAAAACUCACUUUCAAAUAUGACAUUCACAAAUGAAAAUUGGACUGAGCAAAGUAUUUCUCCAUAUUCUGACCAAAGAUGGAGAAGUUGUAAAAGCUUUUCUUAUACCCUUUCAUUAAUAGCCCAGUCAAUCUUCAAAAAAAUCAAGGAAAGCACAUUAGAUUCAAUGAAAAAAAUAAUUUUAAGAGAAAAACUGUUAUGAAAAAUCAUUAAUAAAUAUAUAGUCAAACAAAAGCAAAAAAAUUUUUUAAAAUGAAGCUACACUGUAUCUGCAUUACAAACUAUUAGGAGUCUUAGAGAAAAUAGCUUUAAAAAAAUAAGCCAGUUAAAACACUCUAUGUAUUGUAUGUCCAAAAAUUCAGCCAUGCAAAAACUGCUUUCAGUCCGUUCUAAAAUUUUAGAGAAAAAGAAAAUCAUAGCAUGAAUCUUUUGGAGAUCACAAGUUUUAGCUUAUUUUUCAACAAAAAAAUCAAAAGGAUAUGGCAAAAAUAAAAAAGGCCUAAGCCCUCUAAAGAAAGAGUCAAAAUCAUCAAAAUCCAAUAAAAACAUACGGAAAAGCAUAUCGCGAUCUCCAUCUGCUUCAAGGUCUCGAUCCGCUUCAAGGUCUCCAUCAGCUUCAAGAUCUCCUUCAGCUUCAAUAUCUCCAUCUGCUUCAAGAUCUUCUUCAGCAGUAUCGAAAUGCUCAAACUUAAUAAUAAAAUCCCCAAAAUUAACCAAAAAUUCGCCACUUCGCAAAAAGCUAAAGACUGUCUCAGAGAUUGUAUCCCCAAUCAAUAAAUCGACAAAACCAUCUUUAUCUUACAAAUAUGAUGAUUUAAAAAGUUCUGUAAAAAGAAUAAGAAUUCACCAUGGCAUUGAAAAAUUAUGGUUUGCUAGAAGAAUGAUGAAUAAAUCAAAAGGGCUAGCUCCCAUAAGAAAUUCAUUCCUCCAUUGGAAAUAUUUUACUAAUAAAGAAAAAAUCAAUGUAAGUCUGCCAGUUAUAGUUAUUGAGCCUUGCAAGAAGAAUAGAGGAAUUUUGCAUAAGUCUUUGUUUAGUCCUAGUGAGAGAAGAAGUAAGCUAUAA